UUCUCCAAUGUUUACUCUAACCCAGAAAUUGAAACCAUUUCAUUUUCGUUUCUUCCUCAAACACGAACACUGACAAAGAAAAACCCUCUAACCCCUGGCCAUGUCUCUGCGCAGAUAUAACUCUGCUAUAAGUAAUGUAAGUUGCAGCAAUACUUCGAGUUCGAGGAAGAAGAAGGAAAAGAAGCUUGAAGGAAGAUGCUUCUGUGGACUAGAGGUUGCGUUAAUGGAAUAUGGCACGGUAACAAACCCAAAUAGAUGGUUCAUCCGAUGUCCUCUCUGGAAGUUGGAUGGGCAUGGGUAUUUUAAUUUUUCAGACAAAAGACUGCAAAUACUUUAUGUGGUGGAUGAGAUCGAAGAAGAUUGGGAAGGUCUUGCAAGAUCAUUAGCUAAAAAAAAUAUAGAGCAUUCUUAUGCAAUAUGUGAAGAUGGGUUGACAAUCACUGCAGUUAAAAGGGAGAAUCAAGAAAGCUUCUCCAUGAUUGCAAGAAAAAUGAAAAAACUCAGGGCAAAGUUAGAACAAGUAGAGUGUUCCUUGUAACUAUAGCAUUGGUGGCUGUGUUUUGUUUAACUUGUAAUUUGUAUUUAGUGAUAAAAAUAUAGGAUU